AUGGAUAUUUCUAACAUUGGUUUAAAACAGGAAUUGAUAAAUAAAUUGAUUAGUAAAUGUAAAACUAAGAAAGAAUUAUAUAAUAGUUUGUUUAGAAAAAAGGUUGUGAAUCUGAAAGAUGAUGGAGAUAAGAAAGCUGGUUCUCAUUUGCAUAAGUGUGAUAGUUUAGCAGGAGUUGAUAAUAGUAAUAAUAAGUUAGAAAUGAAUAGUUUUAGAGCAGGUGGCUUGAAAAGAGCUUAUAUCAUAAGAGGUGCAAGUGAGAAUAGAUGA